CCUUGACGAAUGAUGAUACAGCAACGACCAGCGGCCACGUUUCGCAAGAGAGAGACAGAGAGAGUGUGGGCGGCAGUUCCAGAAGGGAGCCAACGGCCGACCAGCGGCGGCACCGCCGGAGAAGACGCCGGUAUCACGCCACCCACCCGCAUCGUCCUCCUCCUCGUCGUCUCCAACGCCCGCAUCCUCUUCCACAAGAGAGUCCUCCAUCAUGCUAAGCCUGAGCAAGUCGUCUGACCACUCUGCCUCUGCACCCCAGAAUGUGCUGGAACUUCAAGGUUGGGCUGACCUCCCCAAGGGCCUGCUUCACUCCAUUGUUGCUCUGUUGGGUUCCUUCCUUGAUCUUACUGCGUUUUCUAGCACCUGCCGUUCUUGGCGUGCCGCCUUCUCCGCAUACCCGUCUAAAUCAACCUUCUGCACCAUACUCCCGCCUCUCCUCAUCCGACCCAAUGUUCGUGUCCAAGCUCCUCAUCUCCCUUCUACCAACGGCCGUCACAAGCUACGCACAUGUAAGGUCAUUGAUCUAGGGAACCAGAACCGAGCCCUUCGUUGCCAGAUUCCUCAAGAAACUUUCCAGAAGAUGCAUUUCGCUGGCUCAUCAUAUGGUCAUCUCAUCUGCAUCCGCCGUGGAAAAUGUCUUAUUGUUGAUGUGUUCACUGGUGCUGAGGUUUCACCUCCAUGCCUCCCAUUGGCAUUCAGUCACGACUCUGGCGAGGAUAUCUACUUUGGCGGCACCCUGACAGCUCCCCUUGCAUCACCGCACUGCCAUCUCCUUGUUAGCACCAGAUCCUCCCUGUUUGAUUGGCCUGUUGGAAGUGACUCUUGGUCUGAACUCAAGACUACUUAUGCACGGAUAGAUCAGAUCUUAGAAUUCAAUGGUCAGUUCAUUGCCAUGGAUUAUUAUCAUAGAAUCUAUACUUUGCAGUUGGCCCCCCAGCUUGGCCUACAGGAGAUAACAACCAAGUGGUGGGAUGACAUGACUGAAUGCCCAUAUCUAAGGCCAUGGCUGACUGUGUGUGGCGACAUGCUUCUCAUGGUUGACCAUUACCUAUUAUUCUCAAUUGAAGCUCCAGUCACGUAUAGACCCUUCCGCCUUGACAUGUCAACCGAACCUGCAAAAUGGGUGGAGGUGAAGAAGCUGGACAACUGGGCACUCUUUGUAGGUGGUGAUGUGAGGAGCCCACCGUUUUCUUGCUUGAGCCCGGAACGAUGGGGAGGGAGGAGCAACCGCCUGUACUACGCCCAUUACUCUCAGCCUCUAAGUGUUCAUGGGUUUGGCGACGAGGCGGAUGCAGCAUGGGAUCCUUCCACCAACCCUGAUCUCGUGUACAAGAGAAACUGGUACACCCAGCUGCAGGCCUUCUGGGUGUACCCAAGCAUGUUCUGUUCCAAUGGCCAGUGAUCGUCAGUGUGCAACUAUGGCUUUCUGCUCCAGCAGCUUCUUCUGAAAAACAACCUCUUCCAACAAAGAGACUUUUGCAGCUUGGAUAUGUGAUUGUAUGGUGUCAGGUGUACCGAAGCUUUUGCAGUUAGUUUAAUCCUUCAGUUUCUAUAACAUUGUAGAAGACGUUUAUGGUAGACUCAUGCUUUUGCAGUUAGUCAUGCAUUAUGUUUGCUGUUUAAGGAUCCUUGCACUAGAUGGAUGGAUGUGUGCUUAACCACUUGAUGCUUAUAUCUGUGCUGGAAUUGACAAAUUAAGCGUCUUCCCUGUUUCCA